AGUAGGUGUUUAUCUUCCUCUCGGUUACCUCCCCGCCCCCGGAGGAGGACCGACGCCACGCGCGUCUGCUCUGAGACGCACUCCUUUCACACGUGCGCGCGCCUACACGUGUAGGGAGACGGGAAGGCGGGCGGCCCGGGAGAGCGCUCGAAUCGCGCGCGCAGCGCUUUGCGCGCGACCGGAGAGGGAGGCGGAGCAGCGCGCAGGGACUCCGCCGCCGCCUCUGCUUCCCCUCCUUCGAUCGCGGCUUCUCGCAGGCAGAAAGGCUGAUCCGAAUCGGGAGCUGUCUCCGAGGCAAGACGGGGACGGGGAAUUGGGGCCAGGGCUCCCUUCGCGGGGUGGGGGAACCCCAGUCCGGCGCCCGGUGGGUGAGUCCUGGAGGGAUCUCCGGGCUGGGAAAGGGAGACCAGCAGGCAGGGAGACAGAAAAGGAAUAUUUCAUCUCGGCGCCCCCCCCCCGCCCCGCUUCAAUAACACACCAGCUGCCUCUUUAAACAGUGCAGAAAUCGGGGCUCCCGAACAUAGAGAGAGAACUGCCCCCGCCCCCCUACAGUGGGUAGGAGGAGUAGGUCAAGACGGAGUGGGGCUGGACACGUCUUUGGCAUUCACACAUGCCGAGGAGCACCGGGAGGAUCCGGCAAGGGCUUUGCUCCUAAGAGGGGAGAAUUGAACUCUCGCCCCCAAGGAUGGAAACAAGGCGCCCCCUUUCUUGGUAGGAGCAGGGCACCAGGGAGGCUGGCCGAGAUCAGGCAUAGUAUUGCUAUACUGAUAUAUGGCAUUUACACCCCACCAUACCCUCCAAGGAGCUCAAGGCGCCACCUAUAUGGCUCUCCUUCCUCCUCAGUAAUUCCCCACAACAACCCUGUGAGGUAGGUUAGGCUUGGCUCCCAAGGUCACCCAGCAAGCUCCAUGGCUGAGCAGGGAUUUGAACCCUGGUCUUGCGGGUCCUAGCCCAACAUCCCAACCACUCUUGCAUUAGCCAGCAUCCGCCUAGGCUGAUUCUUCCUGGGAUGUGUACCCGCCCUGCCCCGCAGCUGCAAGAGAAGCCUUGCCCCUAGGUAAGGGGUUGCGUGCCUGGGUUGGGACCUCUCCGCUGCCCACCAUGGCUGCCAUGCUGCCCUGGCGCCGGAGCAAGUUUGUCCUGGUGGAGGAGAAUGAGGCCAAAGGCAAGAGCAAGAGUUUGGGUCCCGGCUUGAGCUACGCCUCUUUGCUGUCCAACUUUGUUCGCUCCUGCCCGGACCUGUGGCCUGAGUGCCCCCUGGAGCGGCUGGGCAGCGUCUUCCGCAGCAAGCGCCAGAAAGUGGAGCUGAACAAGGAAGACCCCACCUACACAGCCUGGUACCUGGGCAACGCUGUCACCCUGCAGGCGAAAGGCGAGGGCUGCACCGAAGAGGCGGUAGAGAAGAUCUGGGCCAAGAGCGAAUUUGGGAGCCGCAGCACCAAGAUGAAGUUGACCCUCGGCCCCCAUGGCAUCCGCAUGAGCCCCUGCGAGAAAGGGCUCCGGCGGCCGAGCCAUGCCUACCUGCUGCACCGCAUCACCUACUGCGUGGCCGAUGGGCGGCACCCCAAGGUCUUCGCCUGGGUCUACCGGCACCAGGUCAAGAACAAAGCAGUGGUCUUGCGGUGCCACGCUGUCCUGCUCUCCAAGGCUGAGAAGGCCCACGCCAUGGCUCUUUUGCUCUACCAGACGUCCCACUCGGCCUUCAACGAGUUCAAGCGGCUCAAGAGGCAAAACGACUCGCGCCACAUCCAGCAGCAACUCCUGGGAGAAGCCAUCAUCCCCCUGGUGCCCCUACGCAAACUCCUCAACUGCAAAUGCCCCUACAGGCCUCCGGCGGACAGGGGACGCAGCGCCCCUAGGCUGAGCGCCAUCCAGGAGGAGGAGGAGGAGGAAGAGGAGAAAGCGGACAGGGAGGAAGGGGCCUCGGGCGCCCCUUGCAGCUGCGCAGCCAGCUCUGCAAACGGCAGGACCGGCACCAACCUGAGCAGCUGCGCCAGCGCUGCCGCUGGGGCUGCCACCGGUGCUGUAGGCGUCCGACUGUCCAUUUGCACCACCUUGGCCAUCGGCACGACUGAUGGCACGGCCCUCUGCCACAACGCUGACACCACUCGGGGCCGCAAGACGGUCAAAAGCAGGGAGAGGCCCGAGGUGCUGACUUUAGCCCACGAGCUGAGGGUCUGCACUUUGAGGGGGCCCCACUACCGGGAGGACUUGCCAUCUUGGGAGCCCCCCAAAGAGUCGUCUUGCCUGCCUUGUUAAGGAUCCUGCGGGCAUGGGUUUAUUUUGCAGACUCUCCUCCCCGGUGAUGGAUUUGAGGGAGUGGGCGUCGGGAACAUGUUGUUUCCUCUGCUGCUUUGUUCCCUCAUCGGGCUGCACUCAGUACAUUCAAGGUUGAUAGACGGCACAUGGCAGAAUGGUUAGUCCUUGCCAAGGGAUGAACAUUGUUGACAUGCCGAUUCUACCUUACUGAUGUCUUAUGGCCCGGUUUUGACCAAACCGACCCAUCUGUUCCAGCCAUUUUUAUUCUUCUGCGGACCCUCUGAGGCUUCUCGCUCCCUGCUCAACCUGUGCCAACCUGUUGAACGACUGCCGGACACCCAGCAACCCACCUCUGGGAUCAGGGUGGCUUGAUGGUUCUUACGCGUAGAAGUGAGGUUGUGCAGGCUACAGCGGCUUUUAAUACUUGUUCGAAGUGGCAAAGGGGGGGAAAUGUCUCAAGCCGGGCAGAGGGAGCAAAAUCUCUCUGUAUAUGUACGCCUCAGCAUAGAUAUUUAUUUAUAUGUAAAGAGUGCUCAGCCUUUGGAUUUGUACAUGUUUUUGCAUGCUUCCUUCCUCCCCACCCCUGGUGAGGGAUAUGUGCGACAUCAUACUGGGCAUCUGAUUUUGGGAACCUGUAUUGGGUUAGGAGGCCAAAUGAGGAACACUCUUGGAAGCAAUCAUUUCCCCUCCAACCAACUAAUAUUGGAGCUGUAGGAGUGGAAGUGAGGUUUAAACUUGGGUUUCCAAUUCCAUUGCAUUUCUUUUUCACUAGCCUUCUGUGGCCAGGGUGCUCUGCUGUCAAAGCAUCCAAUUUUGUGUGUCCAGAAAACGCAGCUUCUCUCUUUUGAGUAAGGGCCCAACCCAAUUAGGUUCCCCACAUUUUUGAAUCAAAGCAGAGAAUCUGCUGAAUUCCUGAAACCCUCUUUAAAAAACAAACUGGGUUUCUAGUCCCCAUUGUUUUGAAUUCACACAGUGGAAAGGUAAACAUAGGCAACUGAUGACCCAUCAUGGGCUAAGUUCAGCACUUGCCUCCCUCCCUUGCAGCAGCUUCUCACCUUGUCCCAAUGGAUUCCCUGAUCCUUUUUGCUGCAUAUGUUGAUUCUUUAGUUUGAUGCAUGUCAGAGACUAUCCAGAAAAAGAAGAAUCUGGAUUCCGCAGGUUUUUAUCGAUGUGUGCACAUGUCUGUCAACGAUACAAAGGAGGCAGGAAAGACAUGAAGGAACUGAAAACACUGUUUUUGGAACUCCGUAGCAACAAUAAAGCACAAGAGAACCAGGCAAUUCCUAAUACAUUGAUUGGGACUUGCUCACAUUUCGGUCGAUUUGGAAAGCUGAAAUGUGGAUGAGGAAAAACUGGGAAGGCCUCUGGAGGUGAGUUGUCGGGGGUUGGAAGCCAACUAAGCCUUACUCAGAGGAGACACCCUGGAAUUAACCAACCUACAUUAGUCAUGUCCAUCCAGAUCAAUGGGGCUACUCUGAGUAGGACUGCCAUUGGCUACAACCCAUUGAAACUGGUAGGCUUCACACCAGGCAUUGAAGCACUGUGAUACCACUUUAAACUGCUAUGGCUUCCUCCAAAUAAUUCUGGGAACUGUAGUUUGCUAAGGGUGCUGAGAGUAUUUAGGAGACCCCUAUUCCCUUCCCAGAGCUAUAAUUCCCAUAAUUCCCUGAAGAUUGUUAAACCACUCUGGAAAUAGUAGCUCUGUGGAGGAAAAUGGGAUCUCCUAACAGCACUCGGCACCCUUAAACUACAGUUCCCAGGAUUUUUUGGGCGCAAGCCUUAAAGUGGCAUGAUGCUCUAAAUGUAUAUGCCGAUGAAGCCCUAGAAAAGACUAUUAGUUUCGGUGGAUGUGCUGUGAGCAUGAGUUGGUUGGAUUUUCAAACUGAGAGUUUAAAAAUCAGCAAAGGUUUGGUUCUGUUCUGGGGAGAAAUCUGCCUUUGAGACUCGGAAAUGAAAUAUAUGAUUUCAGCCUACAUUUUGCUGCUGGGGAGGGCUCAGUGCUCAGUUGCAGAUGGCAAGCUCUGCACAUGGAAGGUCUCGGAUAUUGCCAAGGUUGCAGGUUCGAUCCCUGUAUGGGACAGCUGCAUUGCAGAGGGUUGGACUAGAUGAUCCUCAGGGUCCCUUUCCAACUCUACAAUUCUAUGAUAGAUGUGUGUAAAGUUAUGCGUGGUAUAGAGAACGCGGACAGAGAAAAGGUCCCCUCCCUUUCUCAACCACACCAGAACGAGGUGGCCAUCAAAUGAGGCAGGGAAGAGACAAAAGUACUUCUUUAUGCAGCAAGUGGUUAAACUAUGGAACUCACUUCCACAUGAGGCAGGGAUGGCCACCAGUUUGGACGGCUUUCAAAGAGGAUUGGACAAUUUUUUGGAAGAUAAAGCUACUAGCCCUGAUGGCAAUGCUCUCUGCCUCUGGUUGGAGGCAAUAAUGCUUUUGAAUGACCAGGCGCUAGAAGCCACAGAGGGCUCAGGUCCUGUUUGCAGGUAUCCCACAGGCAUCGGGUUGGUCUCUGCAAGGACAGGAGGCCGGACUAGAUGGACCAUUGGCCUGAUCCAGCAGCCUCUUCUUACGUUCUGCUCAUAGGCCUGAACACUGUGAGAAGAGAAUGUUGGACUAGAUAGGCCUUUGAGCUGAAUCCGGCUAAAUUACUCUGUGUAUGUUCUUAAAGACUCAUGCCUGAAACAUUGGAGACUUCCUCCCAAUCGGUGUAGGGCCAUACUGAGCUCUACAGGGCUAAUGCACUGCUUGGGAUGUUCCCUUGCACCCACAAAGACCCGACUUCAAUCCUCAGCAUAAAUAUCGGGUUAUAUCUAGGGAAGAUUCCUGCUUGACACCCUGUAGAGUCAGGCGACUGGCACCCAAUCUGGCACCUUCCAGAUGUUGCUGAACCCCAACUCCAUCAGCUGAUUGAAGGUGAAGUUCAACAACAUCUGGAGUGUACAAGGGUCCUCAGCCCUUAUGUGGCCAAUAUUGAGCUUAAUGGGUUGAGGGAAUAUUCUGGUACGGCAGCUGCUGAAGACAUAUUUUACUGGUGAAUUUGGAUUGCCUUUUUAAAAAAUAAAUAAAAUCUCCUUCUUC